CCGGUGCCGGGCGCUGCCCCAUGAAGAAAUCGAGGGGAGGGGGACUUCUCCUUUACAAAUGAUGGCUAGGCGGUGACCAGUGCCUCUCGUUCUGUUCCUUGUGUCUCCGACAACAGCCAGAGUGAAAACUGACCAUUGUCUCCUUGAAGCUGCGUAGUUUCCCGACCUAGAGGAAGGUUUCCAUGAUCAUUUGUCAAAGGAAGGCCGAUCUUGUGGUGAAUUAAACCAGACUUAGGGAAAGGGGAAACUGGGCCGGUAUCCUCCCUGGCCGGGAAAGAUUGUUAAUCCACCCAAGGACUUGAAGAAACCACGUGGAAAGAAAUGCUUCUUUGUGAAGUUUUUUGGAACAGAAGAUCAUGCCUGGAUCAAAGUGGAACAGCUAAAGCCUUAUCAUGCUCAUAAAGAGGAAAUGAUAAAGAUCAACAAGGGCAAACGGUUCCAGCAAGCUGUGGAUGCUGUUGAAGAGUUCCUCAGGAGAGCCAAAGGGAAAGACCAGACAUCAUCCCACACUUCUGCUGAUGACAAGAAUCGGCGUAAUUCCAGUGAGGAGAGAAGUAGGCCAAACUCAGGUGAUGAGAAACGCAAGCUUAGCCUGUCUGAAGGGAAGGUGAAGAAGAACAUGGGAGAAGGAAAGAAGAGGGUGACUUCAGGCUCUGCAGAGAGAGGCUCCAAGUGCCUUAAAAGAGCCCAAGAGCAAAGUCCCCGGAAGCGGGGUCGGCCCCCAAAGGAUGAGAAGGACCUCACCAUCCCUGAGUCUAGCACUGUAAAGGGCAUGAUGGCCGGACCAAUGGCUGCGUUCAAAUGGCAGCCAACUGCGAGCGAGCCAGUCAAAGAUGCAGAUCCUCAUUUCCAUCAUUUUCUGUUGAGCCAAACAGAGAAGCCAGCUGUCUGUUACCAGGCAAUCACAAAGAAGCUGAAAAUAUGUGAAGAGGAAACUGGUUCCACCUCCAUCCAGGCAGCAGACAGCACAGCCGUGAAUGGCAGCAUCACACCCACAGACAAAAAGAUAGGAUUUUUGGGCCUUGGCUUAAUGGGAAGUGGCAUCGUCUCCAACUUGCUAAAAAUGGGUCACACAGUGACUGUCUGGAACCGGACUGCAGAGAAAUGUGAUUUGUUCAUCCAGGAGGGGGCCCGCCUAGGAAGAACCCCCGCUGAAGUCGUUUCAACUUGUGACAUCACUUUCGCCUGUGUGUCGGAUCCAAAGGCAGCCAAGGACCUGGUGCUGGGCCCCAGCGGUGUGCUGCAAGGGAUCCGCCCUGGGAAGUGCUAUGUGGACAUGUCAACGGUGGAUGCGGAUACAGUCACCGAGCUGGCCCAGGUGAUUGUAUCCAGAGGGGGGCGCUUUCUGGAAGCCCCAGUCUCAGGGAAUCAGCAACUGUCCAAUGACGGGAUGUUGGUGAUCUUAGCAGCUGGAGACAGGGGCUUGUAUGAGGACUGCAGCAGCUGCUUCCAGGCAAUGGGGAAGACUUCCUUCUUUUUAGGGGAAGUUGGCAAUGCAGCCAAGAUGAUGCUGAUUGUGAACAUGGUCCAAGGGAGCUUCAUGGCUACCAUCGCUGAGGGGCUGACACUGGCCCAGGUGACAGGCCAGUCACAGCAAACACUCCUGGACAUCCUCAAUCAGGGACAGUUGGCCAGCAUCUUCCUGGACCAGAAGUGCCAAAAUAUCCUACAAGGAAACUUUAAACCUGACUUCUACCUGAAGUACAUUCAGAAGGAUCUCCGUCUGGCUAUUGCACUGGGUGAUGCAGUCAACCAUCCCACCCCCAUGGCAGCUGCAGCCAAUGAGGUAUACAAAAGAGCCAAGGCACUGGACCAGUCUGACAAUGAUAUGUCUGCCGUGUACCGAGCCUACAUACACUAAGCCUUGUCCACCCAUCUACCCCUCCCAUCUUCCCUCUGGCCUCUCUUCCCAAUGUGGGGUCAGGGUUCUGGGACUUAGCUCUGGACCAGUCACCUGUCUCCAUUUCCUUUUAUACAGACUUUGAGACUUGCAUCAGCACAGUAAACAGCAGCACUCUCCCUCCCUGCGGCCCUGGGCAGGGAUUUGAGGGUCUCCACAGGUGGCUGUGAAGAAGCUCUUGAGCUGGGCAUUGGCCCUGGAGCAGGAGGCUGUGUAUUUUCUCUCUCUGUUUCUCUUGUGUUCUCUGUCUCUCACACACACACACACACACACACACACACACACACACACACUCACACACUCUUACCCACCCCAGGAUAGAAGCUGCCCAGAAACUGCUGCCUGGCUGUUCUUCCAAGCUUGUCUUAUCUCAGCCCCCUUCUGGUCAAGGGACUAGUGGAACUAGAAUUGGCAGGGAGCACAGGAAGCCUUCUCUCAACCUGUCCAGGAAAGAGGCUGGCAGAGGGUCCAUGGUGGCCCCCACUGGACCCCUGGAAGGAGAGGCCCCUGAGCCAUCAUGAACCAGCAGACUCCCAAAGGAGGCUCUGUGGGCCCCCAAACUGAGGAGGAUUUUCCUGUAGACACUAUCAUAAUGCAGCAGUUCCCAGAACGCCUUUGUGAACUGAAGAGAGGCCAGCAUGACCACACAGACACCCUUUAGGGGGAGCAGGACCCACUGGCUCCCGCUCCCUGGCUGCUGGCUCUGUGGCUAGAGCUUGCUCUUCCCAGGAGGUUUUGUUUGGGUUUGCAUUCCAGCCCGUGGGAAAGGGUCUUGAGGGCACUAAGGAGCAGUGGAGUGUGGGGGUGGCUCCUUCCUCUUUCCGUUAAUGGCAGUCUCCUCUGCCAGGCCACCUGUUCAGCCUGCUCUACACAGGUCCCCUGCAUGCCUCUCUUUCCCUUUUCCUCCCAUGGAGAUAGUAUUUCUGUCCCAUCCUGUUUUGGCCCAGACCCAGCCUGACCGACACCAAUAAUAAACAUUUCACAGAUGAGCAUUUCAUAGGAAGCUGGGCUUUUGAGGCGGAACCUCACUUCUGCCAGUGUCAAUGGUUCCAAGUAAGUCCUGGGUUUGUUGGGACAGAAGAAAACUGGGUCCUGUUCUAGUAACCUAACCGCCCUCAGAGGUGGAACCAGUCAUCUGUCAGCCUAGUAUUUCUCCUUGGAGAUGGGACCAGAGAGGCUUGGAAUGUCACAGGAGAGGAAUCACCUGAAGGGUGUCUGCCUUCCUCCUCAUGAGUUUGGAUUUCCAAAGCUGCAAUUUAGACUUUCCACUGGGAAAAACCUGGGAUAAGGAUCUCAGGACAUGGGCAUGGAGCAACGGAUGCUUGUGGGGUUCAGCACAACUGCUCCUUCACUGGGAUGCUGACCCUUUCUCUGUCUGGACACAUCCUGUCUUGGUCCUGGGGGUCGGGGUUGGGAAGAUGCUGUAAGGAAACCGGUUAGUCAAUGUUGUCUUAAUAUUGUUGACAAUUCUGUAAAGUUCCUUUUUAUGACUAUUUCUGUUUAAGCUAUUUCACCUUUCGUUUUGAAAUCCUUCCCUUUUAAGGAGAAAAUGUGACAUUGUGAAAAUGCCUGUAAGAAAGCCCCUCCUCCCCCUUUUCCUUUUAAUGACAAAUCUAGGUGAUUAAGGUUGUGAAUUUUUAUUUUCGCUUUGUUUUUAAUGAGCAUUUGUCCUUCAGAAUAGGAUUGUGUGAUAAUGUUUAAAUGGCAAAAACAAAACAUGAUUUUGUGCAAUUAACAAAGCUACUGCAAGAAAAAAGAAAAAUAAAACAUUUCUUGGUACCACA